GGAGCACACAAUAAACUCGACGUCGCCACAAGACCUCACCGAGAUUGCCGUGUCGCCCAUUUUUCUCUCCUGAUCCUGCCUGCGCCUGCUGCUCGCAUCCAGCGGCGCGAAUCCCCCUCUCCAAUCGCCAGUUACGCGCCCCCUGUACGUCCUGCCCGCUGACGGAAUCGGAGACACGGCCCUGAACCAACGUCCAUCCUCCGCUCCGUGCAGCGUCCUGUGAUAGCAGAUACACAACAGUUCCUCCACACCAGAAAAUCCGCCGCGCUGCUGCACUGAACCACCUUCGACGAUUUCUUCUCAGUGCUCGCGCUCGCCAUGGCUGUCGAAGAGGGCAGCAGCACCCCCGCCGCAAGCGACAAGCCCGCUGUUCUGAUCAUUGGUGGGCUGGGCUACACCGGACGCUUCCUCGCCAAGUACAUCCACGACAAUAACCUCGCCUCGGAAAUACGUCUCGUCGACAAGCACCUGCCAGAGCUUGCCUGGCUCGCCCCAGAGUUCAAGGAUGUGUGCACUAGGGAGCGCUUUGUGCAGGCCGAUGCGUCGAGAGAACAGUCGUUUCCCCGCAUAUUCGACCGCCCGAAUGGCAAAGAGUUCGACUUCGUCUUCAACUGCGGCGGCGAGACGCGCUUCUCGCAGGAGGACGAGGUCUACAAGCUGAGGACGUACGGCCUCUCCAUGGCCAUGGGCAAGGAGGCCGCGCGUCGCAAGGUCAAGUGCUUCAUUGAGAGCAGCACAGGCAUGGUGUACAAGUCGGACUCUGUCCCGCGCAAAGAAACGGACAAGACGAAGCCAUGGUCAAAGCUCGCAAAGUGGAAGCUGCAAGCCGAGGAAGAUCUUGCCAAGAUCGAAGGUCUGAAUCUGCUGGUAUUCCGCAUGUCGCACGUCUAUGGCCCGUACACGAGCAAGUUUCUAGCAACAGCGCUGUGCAUGGCCCGCGUUUACCAAUCCCUGGGUAAAGAGAUGAAGUGGCUAUGGAAAGAGGACCUGCGGACCAACACAGUCCAUGUCGACGAUGUCGUCCGAGCAUUGUGGACAGGUGCAGAGUGGUUCGUCCAAGCCCCGCGUACCUCACCACAGACCUUCAACAUCGUGGAUCACGGAAACACUUCUCAAGGCCUCAUGGCGACACUAAUGCACGACACUUUCAAUAUUGGCACAGGGUUUCACGGCACGCUCAUCUCGACUUUCGCGAGGAUGAACCUGGACCACGUGGUCGACGAGGUCAACGACGAGACGCUAGAUCCGUGGGCGGAGCUACAGAACCAGGCCGGCAUCAGCAACACCACCCCCCUAACUCCCUUUAUGGAGAAGGAACUCCUCCACAACACUGACCUGAGUCUGGACGGGAGUGCUUUCGAGCAGGAAACGGGCUUCAGAUACCAACACGAAAAGCUGACCAAAGAAGAGGUGGAGAAGGUGAUAGAGAGCUACAAGACGAUGGGCUGGUGGCCGUAGCCUUUCCCCAGGCUCGCCCUUCUCUUCCCCUUCCCCUUCUGAUACCCUUUUUCACCUUUCCAUGCUUCACCCUUCACGAUAUCCCGAUCCGCACGACGCCUCGCUCGCUACGUCUCGACGGACCUUUUGUACAUCCUUUAAUAUUCGAACCGGAGCGUUUUGCGCAACUUCCUCAGCCGAGCACACGGCCGCCCUUGCAUUCGCGGAGUUGAGAUGCCUGCUUGCAUUGUUUGGAGCGUUGAUCGGAGCUGUCGUUUUUGUUGUUAACCUACAGGCAUCUGCAUAUUCUACACCCGAUGAGAUAAUUUGUUUUUUACUUGGGGCGAAGGAGUGGAUGCUAGGUAUAUAUGCUUCAACGCAAGAAUUACUAUACUGAAUCUGUCGAAUAAUGUGGUGAGG